UCACCAAUGGCCUCACCCUCAUGCCGUUCUAGGAGUUCACCACUCACACGCUUCCUCUCCUCCCGGCCAAGCCAUGGCGGCGGCAGCGAUGUCCUGCUUCGUCGUCAUCCUCGCUCUCUGCCUUCUCGUGUCCAUGGCGCUGAUGGCGGGGCACUACUACGGCCAGGCGGAGCUGGUCGCCGGGCCUGGCUGCUCGCGGCUCGUGCGGGCGAACUCACUCUUCGUGCAGGACAUCACGGUGAGGACGGUGGAGGAAGAAGGGCCGGGAGCGAACGGGAUCGUGCUCUACGGGCUCGCCGAGAUACCGGGCCUGGACGACGUGCCCGCCGUCUGGUCGGAGGCUCGCCGCGUCGUCGUGCCGGCCAGCUCUCACAAGGAAUGGGUCUAUUUCCUAAACAGAGGGAGUCGGAUCGAGGUCAACUACAGCGUCGAGCCUGGCGCUGGACUGGUUAAUCCACUCCGCAUCACCAUUGCUCAUGCCACAGGUAAGGAAGACGUUAUGCAGUGGUCAGAGGAGCCAUCAGCACAUGACACGACACUAUCACGGCGCUUGGUGCACGCAACCGGAACAGUUAAUCAGAGCAUCGGUUCCUCUAACGACUACUGCAUUGCCGUCGGCAACCUAGGCGACCAAGACACGACGGUGGCGCUGGAUUUCAGGAUCAGCGCCGUGCUGUACAACACCAGCGGAGCAGACUACGCGUGCUCGCCGUUGCCGGGCGGCUCCGGCUGCACGUACCGGCUGCCGAUCCUGGGGGAGAACGUGGCCGUCCUGUCGUCCGGCCUGAAAGAGGGCGUGAAGGUGGAGCUGUCGUACGGGCCGCGCUGGAUCGUCUACUUUGUCGGCUCAGCCAUCCUGGCGGUGGCGCUGCUGCUGCUGUACGAGGUGCUGAGCGUGCUGCUCGGGUUCUGUUGCGCCGUCGUCGCUGACCAGAGGACGACGAUGACGACGACGACGACCUCGCUGCUGGAGAGCAAGGAGGAGGAGGAGGGCGGGAGCCUGGGCUCGUCCUACGACUCCGUCUCCUCCCACGACGGCGACGCGGGCGACGAGGAGGAGGGGCGGCGGCUGUGCGUGGUGUGCUGCGACGCCCGGAGGGACUGCUUCUUCAUGCCCUGCGGCCACUCCGCCACCUGCCACGACUGCGGCACCAAGAUUGUUGAGGGGGAUGGUAGCUGCCCGUUCUGCCGGAGGAAGCUGAAGAAGGUGAGGAGAAUCUUCUGCGUAUGAGCUAGACGGUGGCCGGCUCGUGGCAAGUUUCCCCCUCCAACU